CAGAAACAUCCUGAGCCGCCUUGCUCGCAGGAAAUUGAGCGGUUUUUUGCCACAUGAAUUGAUGCAUUCAGCGCCCGGUGUCAUGACGUCAGCGCCCACAAUGCUUUGCACACCUGUUUUGGCAGAGCAACUUCCGCAGAUUCUCAGAUUGCCUGAGCUUAGCCAAUGCGGCAGUGUUGCAAUUAGGUGGAGGCCAUGGCUCUUAGGGAGGCCAUCAAGCCUGGGCUGGCGCACGCAAUGCUGCCAUGGCGAGGUGCAUUCGGAAUCAAAGGCAUGCCAGUAGAAUGAAGGCUACUUGCCCUGCAAAUGCCCAUAGCUGGCCAAAUUUGGAACGUAUCAUGAUGCUUAAGCCGCUUCCAGCAGCUUCUGGAAGAAAAAUGACUACUAUGUGGGUUGAUCGUAGGCUCUUUGGCUGUGAGGAAGGAAACAGACAACAAUUGAACAUCUGCAUGAAUUACCCACGUUGUUAGAUAGGCGCGCUGCCGUGAAAGCUGGAAGUUUGAGCUUCGAGGCAAACUUGGACUUUGAGUUCGAGCACUCUCAUCUUGAGAGGCCCUUUUGGGAAAUAGCAUUCCAUGUAUGUUCAAUUGGCAGAAAUGACUUGCCAAAACUGCUUGCCACAAUUCCGGACAUUGACACACGCCUAUGACAUAGAGAUUCUGCAAAUCUCGUGUGCAGGAAGAACUGCUUGAAUGGAAGAGUACACUUUACCAGAGCCAUAUUGGUUUGGGCAAUUGACUGUGGAAUAUUGCCAUCCCACUGCAAAGCCCAACGUCGGCUGAAGAAUUCAACUUUUUCAACGCAAUGUACUGACGUUGUUGAAAAAAACAUCACAUGUUUGAGCCAAAGGCACCCGCAGCAAAGCUGCAUGGAAGCAUUGACUGUUACGAUGGUAAGCUUUGACAAAGGGACUUCCCGGAAUGCCAACAUUCUUGCCCUGCUUUUCAUCUCGAACCUUUUGAAGCACUUUAAAACUUGGGCUGUUGUCGCUGCUGCAGACCGACGAAUCAAAGCUUAAGCUAUGCGCUUGGACCGAUAGGCUAGAAUGACCGAAACGCGCAAGGUGGGGGAAAACACAGGCAUGGGAAGAUGCAAAGGCCGUGAAGCUUUCAAUCCUCUGUAUCAAUGGCAUGUGGGUGUCCCACGUGAAGAGAUGCCACAAGGCAGCUGCGUCACAAGGGCUUUGGGCACGUCUGCGCGAUGUUUUCUUUUUGCGCUCAAACCGUUCAGGCAGCUUUCAAGGUGGCUCGGAAAGCAAAAGUCAACCUGAACCGUUCUCGCCGUCUGUCCGUUUUACCGACCCAACAUGCACUUGCGCACCUCAAAGGAGCAAAAUUGAUUUGCCAGUCAUGCAAGGUGAGGAUGCCUCCAAUACUAAGAAUCGUGCGAGGCGAGCAAUUGGAAGUCUGGCCGCGCCUAUGAUCUUGGGUUGGAGUGAAGGGGCUGUGGGCAAUUUUCUGCAAUCCUUGUGAAAUUGAGUGCAUGUGUGGACGUCACUGGCAAGUCACCUAUCAGACCUAACAUGUCGCAGGACACUUCAAGCAACGCUAUCAUUCGGACCUCAACAGCAUGGAACUGCGCAAGAGGCACAUUCUGCGCAUCCCAAACAAACUUUGCACCGUUUCGCCUUAAGGCGCUCUAGCGUCACCGAUGAGAGCUUCUUUGUCUUGACAAUUGUUUUGUCUUUGUUUGCUUGAAAAUACAUACCUUACCUUCCAUUCUUUUUAUUGUCCUGAGGAAGCAACCUUCCGAAAAGGAACGGGAACACGUGACGGCGUGUGACAUAAACUGCCUAACUCCAAUAACUUUGUUUUUCAAACUAGCGUGCCAGUAAGGCCGCAUUGAGCUGGAGGAACAAGGCAUAUUAUAUGUACAUAUAGCUGCCCUGGAUCUUUUGGUUCAAUGCAUCCUUCUGUUUUUCAAAGCUGUGGCACGGGCCCAAGCUAUCGAGCAGUUCCAAUUCGAAAGGUCCACCUCUUCAAACCAAUCUCAGGCGCAGUUUUUGACAACUGUCCUGCUUUUGCUUAGCUCAGACAGCUCAGGGUGUUUGGGCUGUUCGGGCAAGCUACUUAGAAAGUAUGCUUGUGCGUAGUUGUCUCUGCCACAAAAAGUUCCUGGUCAUUGCGGCAGUCUCCGCUGAUUCAGCUGCAGUAUUCUUUCAGCAGCUACCUUACCUUUGCAGCAUGAUAUAAGUCUGAAUGUUGAUAACCAUGGACAUGACAGCGCACCUUUCUUCAAGUUCUGGGAAGAGUAUAGAUGCUUGACUGACUUCCUAGUGUUGCUGAAGCGACUGUUCACAACAACCCUGAAUCGCCUGCCAACAAGCUGAAACUUUGUAUCACUCCAGUCAUCUUUGUGUUCACCUGGACGCUUCGCGCAGCUCUUGACAAAACGCCACGUGGCAACAACACCACAGGGGUAAACAUGACAAAAUCAUUGAAAUAUCAAGGGUGGGCAUCGAAACAAGUUGGGGCUGCUUGCCAUGGUAGGAAGCCUUGGCCAAAGUCAUUGUCAUUAUCAAAAGCAAGCCUAGCAUUCUCUCACUGUAUCAUAGAAACAGGUCCUGGUCACGCUUGAAGAAUUCAUUCAUUUUGAAGGUGACAGCGUGUGGAGCUGGAUUUGUUUGUUGUUCGAGAACUUAGCAACAGUCUAAUGUCUUCCAGCCGAGAUGUAGAGCAAGCGCCCUGCCAAAACCUAUGAAGAAGUCUAAUCUACCUGAAAUGUUCAGAGGUUGAAGGGUGCGACGAAUCAUCAAGAGGAAUAUUGGAUAUGCAUUGCACCCAGAAGCCUCGUUAGAAAAAAAGAAUGCUACCGGACAACUUGCACCAUUAACUUUUGGUUAUCUUUGCUUAUAUGCAUAUUUCUCCUUUGACAAGACUUGCUGCGAUUGCUGCUUCUAUUUGGAGGGGAACAGUUUUGUUCGGAACCUAAAGUAGCUUGCAGCAGCGCUGUUAUCUUUGAUGCAUGCGCCAUUCCGUGCGAAUGCCACUGAUGACUCAAUGCAAUGGUGCUUCAGGCGAACCAACAAACAAAGCAUGGUGAGUGUUGCGGGCUGCAAAAAACUUGUUCAUCAAACGCCAAAUGGCAUGAUGUGAAGGCAAGUAGCUCGCAAAAUGGACGGGGUCGCCCUUCGGAACUCCUCGCGCAAGUCCACUCAAAACACUUGCAAGCAACAAAAUGUCGCAUCAAUGCGGUGUGAUGCACCUCAUUCCGGCCGGGCUGCAUCUGAGUGACUAUGUCUGAGCUAUGCAAGCGAACAUGGCGAACUUGUGAGACAUGCGGUGUCCGAAAGGGGCCGACAUGGGGCCCGUGUACUGUGAGGUGAACUGAUUAGUUGCCAAGAAUAUGUUUCCUCGUGCUUUGUUUGCCUCGCGGCUCCUCUACAAUGUUCAACUCUUCUGACUUUAGAACCUUUUGAGCUGCCUUUGAGCUGUGACAAACAAUCCCGGCGCAAACCCCUUGCCUAGCUGGACUGGGGAUAGCUGCAAGCACGUGAACAAACUUUAGAUUGCGGACUAGGUAGUUCGAAAUGUGAUUGCUUCAUUAGGUUGGAGGCCAUCACUUUUAGAUUGGAGGCCAUCGCUAUUAGGUUGGAGGCCAUUGCUAGUAGGUAGCUCGGAAAGUGAAUGCUUGCCAUGAAAUGACGAAGUCGAUUUGUCGAGUGCUUCUGAUCCCGGGGACACCUUUUCGACCUGGCUUCUUAGACACCCGGAAGCUAAUCAUUUCCUUUCGUGUGAUCACAUCAGUCUGGUUAGAUGGCCUCGGCAUUGCACAAGUCGACAGACUAAAUGCACGACAUGACCUUCGGGCUAUCUUGGACCUGAAACUCCAACAUGCGAAAUCCGAGUGGCCAAGCUCAAGUUCUGGAGGACAAAACCUCCAUCAGCUCAUACUUCCUCAUCAGCAUUGACCAUCCAUCGGCACCCAGCAGACCAUCCUCAGAGGCGUAGCUGUGGGUCUGGCUUCCCCAAAGCUGGGAAUGUCUUUCUUUUUGUCGGAUUUGCGUAGGUGUAGAGUGUUGACUUAAGAAGCACCCGCGAGCUGUUUCAUGGCCAAGCAGUCGCGCUUUCUUUGUGCCCUCAUAGCAUCCUCGAUAUGUGAAAGCCUACGGCCACCCCUCUUUCACUAAAAGGAUUUAUUGCAAAAACAAUCAUCACUUGAAAAACUUCGAAUGGACGCCUCCUUAGUUCACUUCGGCGUCCCUUGUGCGAAGCUUCAGUGCCGCUUGCCAGCUUAACCUUUGCACAUUUGCCUUCCUGUUCUUCCACUGCCACGUGGUUGAAAACCAGAGAUGUUCAAUCCAGAGUCUGGCAGUGUCACCAAUAUGCAAGCUGAAUAAGACAUUCUCUUUUCACAAGCAUGUGACCCAAGCUAUUUUGACUUCGUAUGACAUGCAAUUGGAAACUUGGCGGAAAUAGGACAGGAAUGGACAGAAGCCUGUGUGCAGUCCCCAAAGACAAAACUAAUUUGUCAGAGCUCAUUACAGUAAAGGGUUUUGACUUGUUGGUAGCUCAAGUGAUGCUGUUAAAGACUCAUUGAAGCUGCCUCCUGGCUUCAGCUUC